AAGAAGAGCUGUCAAGUCCAGUCUCCUCAUCGCUCCGUGUCUCCCGUUUUAUUCAGAAAGAAGCCAAAGGUGGAUUUUAAGUGAAACCUAAAAGUUGUAUCUGGUGAAGAUCACCUGAUUCCAGCAAACAUGGGUAGAAGACACACCUGUGACCACUGUGGGAAGGCUUUCGCCAAAAUAAAAGGUCUUACGCAACACCUACUCAUCCACAGUGGAGAAAGACCAUAUGAGUGUGACCAGUGUGGGAAGACUUUCCUCCGCAGUAAUAACCUUAAGCUACACCUACGUAUCCACACUGGAGAAAGACCAUAUGAGUGUGACCAGUGUGGGAAGACUUUCACCAGAAAGGGUAGCCUUAAGACACAUGUACGCAAUCACAGUGGAGAAAGACCACAUGAGUGUGACGAGUGUGGGAAGACUUUCACUCAUGUGCAUGUUCUGAAGACACACUUGCGCGUCCAUAGUGGAGAAAGACCAUAUGACUGUUACCACUGUGGGAAGGCUUUUACCCAAAUGAAUGGUCUUAAGACACACCUACGCACCCACACUGGAGAAAGACCAUUUGACUGUUACCACUGUGGAAAGAGUUUCACCAGAAUGAGUGUCCUUCAGAAUCAUCUACGCAUCCAUAGUGGAGAAAGACCAUAUGAGUGUGACCAGUGUGGGAAAACUUUCAACCAAAUAGAAAACCUGAAAACACACCAACGCAUCCACACUGGAGAAAGACCAUAUGAGUGUGACCAGUGCGGCAAGGCCUUCACCAGAAAGGAGGAGCUUAAAAUCCACAUGCGUAUCCACAGAGAAGAAAGACCAUUUGAGUGUGACCAGUGUGGGAAGACUUUCACCCAAAUGAAUAACCUUAAGACACAUCUACGCAUCCACACUGGAGAAAGACCAUAUGAUUGUGACCAGUGUGGAAAGACUUUGACUGACAUGAGAAACCUUAAGACACACCUACGCAUCCACACCGGAGAAAGACCAUAUAAGUGUGACCAGUGUGGGAAGACUUUCACCGACAUGAGUAGCCAAAAGAGACACCAACGCAGCCACACUGGAGGAAGACCAUGUGAGUGUGACCAGUGUGGGAAGAUUUUCACCAGAAUGGAUAACCUUAAGGCACACCUACGCGUCCAUAAUGGAGAAAGACCAUAUAGCUGUGACCAGUGUGGGAGGACUUUCGCCCAAAUUAAUAACCUUAAGACACACCUACAUAUCCACAGUGGAGAAAGACCACAUGAGUGUGACCAGUGUGGGAAGACUUUCACUAGAAUGAAUAACCUUAAGACACACCUACGCAUCCACAGCGGAGAAAGACCACAUGAGUGUGACCAGUGUGGGAAGACUUUCACCCAAAUUAAUAACCUUAAGACACACCUACGCAUCCACAGUGGAGAAAGACCAUAUGAGUGUGAACAGUGUGGGAAGACUUUCACCCAAAUAAAUCACCUUAAGGCACACCUACACAUCCACAGAGGAGAACAUCCAUAUCACUGUGACCUCUGUGGGAAGGCUUUCACCCAAAUGAAUAACCUUAAAACACAUCUACGCAUCCACAGCGGAGAAAGACCAUAUGAGUGUGACCAGUGUGGGAAGACUUUCACCACAAUGACUCACCUUAAGACACACCUACGCAUCCACAGCGGAGAAAGACCAUAUGAGUGUGACGAGUGUGGGAAGACUUUCACCCAUCAGUCUAGCCUUCACACACACCUCCGCAUCCACAGUGGAGAUAAAUCACAUGAGUGUGACCAGUGUGGGAAGACUUUCGCCCAUAACUCUAACCUUACCAGACACCUCCGCAUCCACAGAGGAGAUAAACCAUAUGAGUGUGACCAGUGUGCGAAGACUUUCACCUAUCGCUCUAGCCUUCACACACAUCUACGCAUCCACAGAGGACAUAAACCAUAUGAGUGUGACCGGUGUGGGAAGACUUUCACCUAUCGCUCUAGCCUAAAAGCACACCUGCGUGUCCACAGUGAAGUUAAACAAUAUUACUGUGACCAGUGUGGGAAGACUUUCGCCCAUCGCUCUAGCCUUGACGCACACCUAUGCACCCACAGAGGAGAUAAAGCAUAUGAGUGUGACCAGUGUGGGAAGACUUUCACCGAUCACUCUAACCUUAAGAGGCACCUACGCAUUCACACUGGAGAUAAAGCAUAUGAGUGUGACCAGUGUGGGAAGACUUUCACCCAUCACUCUAGCCUUAGCAGACACCUACGCAUCCACAGUGGAGAUAAACCGUAUGAGUGUGACGAGUGUGGGAAGACUUUCACCCAACACUCUCACCUUAACAGACACCUACGCGUCCACAGUGGAGAUAAACCUUAUGAGUGUGACCAGUGUGGGAAGACUUUCACCCAGCACUCUCACCUUAACACACACCUGCGCAUCCACAGAGGAGAUAAACCAUAUGAGUGUGACCAGUGUGGGAAGACUUUCACCCAGCACUCUCACCUUAACAUACACCUACGCCUCCACAGGGCAUCCACAGAGGAGAAUGAGACAAAAAGUACCUCGGCAUCAUGAAAAGAAGAAACCUGGUGUCUGAACCAGCACCCUCGACUUCUUUUGACAAGAACAUCAAACUUAAAACUGUCCAGAUCUGUCUCAAUAGAGUCCAGAUGUGAAGACAAACACCAGACUGACAGCUGUGUUUUGUUUUUGUCUAAUUCUAAAGUGGACCUGAAACUCUUGAUAAAAGUUUUUACCAUAAUCACCUUUCCUUGCCACUGUCACCAGUCAUAAAUGUUUGCUCCUGGAGGAUUCUGUUGGGUUUCUGUAAACUGGCUUAAAAUUUGAUUUGAUCUAUCUCCUCUUUAUGUGAAGCACUUUGUAACAUGUUGUUUUAAAAAGUGCUAUGUAAAUAAAGCUUUACUUACUUACUUACCUUUUAACAGCAUCCAGAUUAUUUGUUCAGUUACUUAUUAAUGUGUUUGUACAGUUACCAGUUCAGGUUAUAUGUUGUGUAGAGUUCUCAUCCUGCUGUUGCACCAUAGACUGUCAACAACAUGAAUGAUGAGGACAUAAAUAUUGGGACACAUAUCUUCAGCUGUAAGAUGCUCUGUUCAUGAUAAUUUGGCAAAUAAACAGUAUUUCUUUCAGUUUAAUGGGACAUUUUUUCAUCCUCAGUGACGUGAAGAAAGUGGAUGGUUAGUUUUGGUAGA